AGAGGCCGGUGAUGCUGCCGCCGCCACUAUAUUAAUAUUAUCAUCAUCAUAGCCAUACAUUGUGCAUUUAUGCGGUAUAAUCGUUAGUUUUACACGCGCGCCUUUAGCGUGCGUGUGCGUGUUACCAUCGUCGCAUUAAUGUUAAAAUUAUUUUAAUACUUGACGUUUUAAAAAUGUAUGAAACAUCAUAAUCUCAAACGGAAUCUCGCGAUUACAAUUUACGGCUGAACAAAUAAUAGUAAUCUAGUCGAUAAUAAUAGGUAUCACGAGUAUUAUUACACGCUGCAGUGAACAACCAUCGCACAAUAUCACACAUUUUUUGUAAUAUUUUAUUUUAUUACUAAUGAAUUAUUGACAUUAUGAUUAUAAAAUCGUAUUUUGUCGAUUUCGUCGUAAUCGCCGUCCGCCAUAUCGCCCGCAUCGCAUCUAUCACCUAGACUCCGCCCGCGCAGAGCAAAGUUCUGCACGCGGAUCGCACGUUUAGCAGCUUGUCGUUGUCAUUUCAUACUAUGUGAUCUGUGGUCGUCGUCGUGGUCUUCGCUAUCGGUAAUAAUCUAAAUACACAUUUUAACUACCUAUUUCUGUCGUCGACUACUGCCACUGCCACCACGCACAGCACACUACGAAAAUAAACGCGUCCGCGAGUCGGCUGCUCCCGGGCACACGUCGGCUCACCGCCGUCGUAGGCACUAAUAAUAAACUUUCUUUUCCACUAUCGCCUCCGUUUCCGCUCGACGCUAUCCGUCGAACUAUAAUACGUGAUUUUAUUGUAAAACCACGUCGUACAUUAUACAACGUCAACUUGAUAUCGUUUAAAUAUAUUUUAUAUAUAUAAUAUACCUAUCUGUGUUUAUCCGAUAAUAAACGUGGUCGUGAAAUGGAAUGCCGUCGGACUGUCAUUACCAGCGGAGUGUUGCGAUCGCCACCGUCCGCGUCAGCUGCGCCACUUUCGAUGGCAACGAGUGCGGGCGCCAUGCGGCACCGGGGCUUCCGGCACAGUCGGUCGUACGAUUGCGGUGACGAAGUUGUCGACGAGUACAACAACAACAGCAACGUUAUCGCAACCACGAUAAACAACACGACGCAGCUCGUCGACGAAUUGGAACAGCUGCGGACCGACAACUUUCAACUCCGGUUGCGCGUCUACAACGCCGAGCGACGGGUGGACAAGCUUUCAGCGGCCGCACUCGACCGGGACCGGGAGAAGCGCAGCAACAAUACUGAUAGUGAUACCGAUGACAGCAGCGACAGUAGCGGCCACAGCGACACUGACCGCAAUAACGCGGCGUCGGCCAAGGCGACCGCUGAAGCGGCCGUGCGCACUAUCCACGACUUGUUAACGGUCAACCGGAGAUUGCUCGCACUACUUGCAGCCACGGUGUCAGCCAAAGCGGUGUCCGUGUCUGCCGAUGACAAAAGACGGUGGCGGCGACUGCGAAAGCACAUCGAGAAAUACGCCGUAGAAGACCCGAAAGAAGAAAAGACUGAUGAACUCGACGACGAUGACGAUGAAUUUCAUGACGCGUCAACGACGGAUUCCGAGACGUCGUGCAAAGCGCAGGUGGCAGUGUCUGCGGAGAGCUCGGCGACGAGACAGAACGUUCUGCGUUCGCCUUCACCUCUGCAGACACCGUCGUCAUCCACACCGCUCAAGACCACGGUCGAGGACGACGAAAAUGCCGGUUCCGAAGUGUCUCGUUUGCGAGGACGGUGCAGGCGGCUGGAGCGGUCACUACAACAGCUAGUCAACACGGAACUGUGGGCCCGGAAUCGACAGAUUGGCAAACUCGAACAACAAAGGUAUGUGACCCAAGUGGCGAACGCUACCACGCAAAGUGACAGGAGACCGACUGAGGUGGUGGCAGCAAAUGCAGCUCCGCUGCAACAACAUUGUCUGCAGCAGUUCAGUUCGAAAACCGCGUCGGCUGCUCCGCUGCCGGUGACCAAAGGAAUCCUAGUAAAACGGUUGUCCGCAGAAACACCCAUUGGAACAACAUCAACAGCCGACCCGGAAGCACAGAACCAUCGGAAAUCACCACCAACAGUAGUUACAAUCACGACGCCGCCGCCAGUGUUGCCGGACUACUCGGAAGUGAACUUUUUCUUCAGCUGCGACGAAGAAGACGACGAUGGAGACUCCGUAGAGAUGAACACUUCGUCGUCGUCGAAAGAGGAGGCCGCGGAUUCAAACGACUGCAGCGGCGACGAAGAGCCGGUACGGUUAGGUGCAAUCGGCGCUCCGGUGUCAUCGGCGAGCGCGCGGAAACGACACUGUCGACCACAUCACCGACAACUGAAACAGCCAAACAAGAGCGUUGGCGAAACGAUCGCAGUCUCCACGUCGACGUCCUCGUCAUCAACCGAGUCUGCUGCCGAAGACGAAGCAAACGAUUCAAACUGCAGCGAUGGCGUUAUUGCGACAACGACUGCCGCUACGUCACACACCACACAAAGUCGGACCGUAAGCGGCGGCGGUGGUUUGCAUAGAAGGCGACGGUGCAGGCCACCACGCCGAUGUUCGACUUGCGGUCGUUGUAGUGGAAUCGUGGACGCGGAGUCGGCUGCAGCACAUCACUUGAGGCCGCCGUCCGUGACGGACGCACAAGUCCAGUGCGGCGACGGAAACGUGCAGGCACUCGACCACGGCUGCAGCGACGGCGACAGCGGCGGUGGCGAACACCAGUUGCAACUGUUGCGUCGCGAACUGGACACUCGGCGGCGUGAAAACGGUCGACUAUACGACAUGCUACUGAAACUGCAACGCGGCACGCGGUCGGGCGAUCGGGGAAAAGGCGACGGUGGCCCUAGAAUUCCGUCGCCCGACUUCUCGGACUCUGACCUGCCGAGCGGUUCACCCGAACCGCACAGGCGGGCAGCCGGAACGGACCGCGGUCGCGUCGCCGACCUGUUGCCGCCGCUCCUGUGCAUGCGGUCGAUUUCGGACGACGACGACGGCGAAGGUCAUCAGCAGCGAGAUCAGCCGGACGGCGCGGAACAACAGCAACAGCAACAACUGAUGCUGCUCACCCGUCUCCGAGAACGCAUAGUGGCGUACGAACGGAGAGAACUCAACGGCGGCGACGAUCGCGUCGCGGGAAUGCAGGCGCGGCCGGACGACACGUCCAACGACGCCGUCCGCCGCAUGGACCGCGCCGAUCUGGUGAACGUGGCGCUUCCACGGGUCGUAGAACGGCUACGACAGGCGCUCGUGCCGCUGUUGCAACGUCGGUCAGAAAACGCUGCACCGGUCGGCGAUGGAUCGGCGGACGUCGGCGGUGGUGAUGCAUUCGUCGAUGGCGCACGACCGUCGUCGCCGGCGAAUGCAGAAGGACGUUGACAACGUUUUCGUGUGUAGUUACCAGUUACCGACCCUCAGCAAACUCUAUCUGUGUAUUAUUAUUAUUAUUAUUAUUAUUAUUAUCAUUAUUGUUAUUGUACCAUCAUUUAGACAAAAUUAUUACCGUAUACCCUGCAGCGUGCAACAGUAAUCGAAUCUGGUAAAUAUACCUACGGAUUCGGUUUCGGUUUUUGUUUCUUGAUAUAUUGUAUAAUGUGUACGCAUUUUAUUAUUUUUGUUGUUGACGUUUGUUUUUUUUAUUUUAUUACGAAAUUUUUCAAUUUUUAUACGCCAAAUAACUAUAUACAAAACUAUAUGGUCGCAUAAACUAUUACUUAAUCUAGUUAAUCUUACGAUGUAUAUUGACUAUGUUGCAAUGUACAGGUGCAACCCUACCCAUAAUAAUAUAUUAAUUUGCCAAAAGACUUAUAUUCGUGUGCCAAAAAAAAAUCAAUAUGCAUUUUUAUACUUACUAAUAUAUAAUUACUAUUUGUUAUUGUGAAGAUUUAA